CGGCCACCGGCGCCUUCCCGAGCCCAGGCCCACCUUUGCUCCGGGGACCGUGGCUGCGCCGGCCCUACAGCCCAGCUUCGUGAUGACUGCCAGCUCAGCCGAGGAGCUGCGGAAGGAGGGCAACGAGCUGUUCAAAUGCGGGGAUUACGAGGGCGCCCUGUCCGCCUACACCCAGGCCCUGAGUCUCGGCGUGACGCCCCAGGACCAGGCCAUUCUGCACCGAAACCGGGCUGCCUGCCACCUCAAGCUGGAAGAUUACAAUAAAGCAGAGUCAGAGGCGACUAAAGCCAUUGAAAAGGACGGUGGGGACGUCAAAGCACUUUAUCGUCGAAGCCAAGCCCUAGAGAAGCUGGGCCGCCUGGACCAGGCCGUCCUUGACCUGAAGAGAUGUGUGAGCCUAGAACCCAAGAACAAAGUUUUCCAGGAGUCCCUGAGGAACAUUGGGGGCCAGAUUCAGGAGAAGGUGCGGUACAUGUCCUCGACGGAUGCCAAAGUUGAACAGAUGUUUCAGAUACUGUUGGACCCCAAAGAGAAAGGCACAGAGAAGAAACAGAAGGCUUCUCAGAACCUUGUGGUACUGGCCCGAGAGGAUGCUGGAGCUGAGAAGAUCUUCCGGAGCAAUGGGGUUCAGCUCUUGCAACAGCUGCUGGACACAGGAGAGACUGACCUCAUGCUGGCAGCCCUGCGCACGCUGGUUGGCAUUUGUUCUGAGCACCAGUCUCGGACAGUGGCGACCCUGAGUGUUCUGGGAACUCGGAGAGUAGUCUCCAUCUUGGGCGUGGAAAACCAGGCCGUGUCGCUGGCAGCCUGCCACCUGCUGCAAGUUAUGUUUGAUGCCCUCAAGGAAGGUAUCAAGAAAGGCUUCCGGGGCAAAGAAGGUGCCAUUAUCGUGGAUCCUGCCCGGGAGCUGAAGGUCCUCAUCAGUAACCUCUUAGACCUCCUGACUGAGGUGGGGGUCUCCGGCCAAGGCCGUGACAAUACCCUGACUCUCCUCAUUAAAAUGGUACCGCGGAAAUCUCCGAAGGACCCCAACAACAGCCUCACACUCUGGGUCAUCGAUCAAGGUCUGAAAAAGAUUCUGGAGGUGGGGGGCUCCCUGCCAGAUGCUGCUGGGGAGCUCACGGUGACAGCAAACAGCCGCAUGAGUGCCUCCAUCCUCCUCAGCAAGCUGUUCGAUGACCUGAAGUGUGAUGCCGAGAGGGAGAACUUCCACCGCCUCUGUGAGAACUACAUCAGGAGCUGGUUUGAGGGCCAAGGGUUGGCCGGGAAGCUGCGAGCCAUCCAGACAGUGUCCUGCCUUCUGCAGGGCCCAUGUGAUGCUGGCAACCGGGCCUUGGAGCUGAGCGGUGUCAUGGAGAGCGUGAUCGCUCUGUGCGCCUCUGAGCAAGAGGAGGAGCAGCUGGUGGCAGUGGAGGCGCUGAUCCACGCAGCGGGCAAAGCCAAGCGGGCCUCCUUCAUCACUGCCAAUGGUGUGUCGCUGCUCAAGGACCUCUACAAGUGCAGUGAGAGGGACAGCAUCCGCAUCAGAGCACUAGUGGGACUCUGUAAGCUCGGGUCAGCUGGAGGGACUGACUUCAGCAUGAAGCAGUUUGCUGAAGGCUCUACUCUCAAACUGGCCAAGCAGUGCCGAAAGUGGCUGUGCAACGACCAGAUUGACCCGGGCACCCGGCGCUGGGCAGUGGAGGGCCUGGCUUACCUCACCUUUGAUGCUGACGUAAAGGAGGAGUUUGUGGAGGACGAGGCUGCGCUGAAGGCCCUGUUCCAGCUUAGCAGGUCCGAGGAGAGGUCAGUGCUCUUUGCGGUAGCCUCGGCGCUGGUGAACUGCACCAACAGCUACGACUAUGAGGAGCCUGACCCCAAGAUGGUGGAGCUGGCCAAGUAUGCCAAGCAGCAUGUUCCUGAGCAGCACCCUAAGGACAAACCAAGCUUCGUGCGGGCCCGUGUGAAGAAGCUGCUAGCAGCAGGCGUGGUGUCAGCCAUGACAUGCAUGGUGAAGACAGAGAGCCCUGUGCUGACCAACUCCUGUAGGGAGCUACUCUCCAGGGUCUUCCUGGCUUUGGUGGAAGAGGUGGAGGAUCGAGGCACUGUGGUGGCCCAGGGAGGGGGCAAGGCUCUGCUCCCGCUGGCCGUGGAAGGCACCGAUGUUGGGCAGACAAAGGCAGCCCAGGCUCUUGCCAAGCUUACCAUCACCUCCAACCCAGAGAUGACCUUCCCUGGAGAGCGGAUCUACGAAGUGGUCCGGCCCCUUGUCUCUCUGUUGCACCUCAGCUGCUCAGGACUGCAGAACUUUGAGGCCCUCAUGGCCCUAACGAACCUGGCAGGCAUCAGUGAGAGGCUCAGGCAGAAGAUCCUGAAGGAGAAGGCUGUGCCCAUGGUCGAGGGCUACAUGUUUGAGGAGCAUGAGAUGAUCCGCCGGGCAGCUACCGAGUGCAUGUGUAACCUGGCCAUGAGCAAAGAGGUGCAGGAUCUCUUUGAGGCCCAGGGCAAUGACCGGCUGAAGCUGCUGGUGCUGUACAGCGGAGAGGAGGAUGAGCUGCUGCGGAGGGCUGCCGCCGGCGGCCUGGCCAUGCUCACCUCCCUGCGGCCCUCCCUCUGCAGCCGCAUCCCACAAGUGACCACACACUGGCUGGAGAUCCUGCAGUCCCUGCUCCUAAGCCCCAACCAGGAGCUGCAACACCGGGGCACGGUGCUGGCGCUGAACAUGGUGGAGGCCUCGAAGGAGAUCGCCAGCACCCUGAUGGAGAGUGAGGUCCUGGAGAUCCUGUCGGUGUUGGCCAAGGGUGAAGAGAGCCCGGUCACCAGGGCUGCUGCAGCCUGCCUGGGCAAAGCCGUGGAAUACAGGCUCAUCCAACCCAACCGGGAGCGGGAGUGAGGAUCGGCGCUCUGCCACCUGCGGGAGCUUAGGGAGCCAGGACAGAAGCAGCGUGGCCAAUGGGACCGGGACGCUGGACACUCGCCUCUCUUCCCCAAGCUGCACUUGGAUGGUCUCUGCCCUGGGGGAUUCACACAGCACUCAGAAGGGCCCUCUGUACUGUAGAGAGCUGGGAAUGGAGAAAGUGCAUUCCAGCUCGAGCCUGUGGAUGGUGGGCAUCAAGAAGGAAGGGCACAGCAGCAUCACCCAAAAGCUGCGGGCGUCACCGGAGCCUGCCAGCAGGCACACCCCGCUAAUAAAUCACGUGGAACGGAA